AUGGAAAACCAAACCAAUCAUAUCGACGCUAAUACGAUCGCACGACUCUUCCACACGGUCGCGUUCGAUGACAAAUCCAUCAAAAUCUCGCACAAGACGCUGCUGCUGGUGUCCGAGUACAUCAGGCUGUUCACCAGCGAGGCGAUCGUGAGAUCGAACGUGGAGCGUUUGGAAGAGGGAAAGCGCGACACCGACCGAUACAGGGUCGACGUGGACGAACGCGUGGACGAGAAACAGCAGGACGCCGUGCUGGACACGCGCCAUCUGGAGGCGGUGGCCGGACUACUCACGCUGGACUUCUAA